GUUUCCCCCCCCUCCCGCCUCCCGCCGUCUCCUGCCGGCGCCCUCUUCGGGGCGGCCACGUGGACGCCCGGGCGAGUAUACGUGAAUUUCAAACCCAGUAUGGCUCAGAAGAGGAGCUCGAGUGGGCGGUCAUUCCCAUUGCUGCUGCUGAUUAUUGUUGUGGCCUUUGUUCAUUUAACUGUCUGUCCUUUUACAAAAGUGGAGGAAAGCUUUAACCUACAAGCUAUCCAUGAUGUGGUAUACCACCAGCUGGACUUGGAUAAGUAUGACCAUCAUGAAUUUCCUGGAGUUGUCCCAAGAACGUUCCUUGGACCAAUUUUUAUUGCUGCUCUUUCCAGCCCAGCUAUAUACGUACUUUCUGUGCUAAGAAUGUCCAAGUUCUACUCGCAGCUGAUAGUCCGAGGAAGCUUGGGGCUCAGUGUGAUUUACACAUUAUGGAAGUUGCAGAAAGAAGUUAGAAAGCAGUUUGGAGCAACUACAUCAACAGUCUUCUGUCUCAUCACUGUUACUCAGUUUCAUUUGAUGUUUUACUGUACACGAACCCUCCCUAAUGUGUUUGCACUCCCUUUUGUGCUCCUGGCAUUGACGUUUUGGAUACAGCAAAAGCAAAGGCCAUUCAUUUGGUUCUCGGCUUUGGCAAUUAUAGUCUUCAGAUCAGAGCUCUGCAUCUUCUUAGGCCUCAUGCUCCUGGUGACAUUAUUAACUAAAAGAAUCUCCAUAUUCAAGGUACUUUCCCAUGCUGUUCCUGCUGGAAUUUUUUGGUUGGGGCUAACAGUUGCUGUGGAUUCUCUAUUUUGGAGGCAACUUGUGUGGCCAGAGGGGAAAGUGCUUUGGUAUAACACAAUUUUGAACAGAAGUUCCAACUGGGGAACCUCCCCCUUCUUGUGGUAUUUCUAUUCAGCCCUGCCUCGUGCUUUGGGAUGCAGCAUUGUAUUUGUGCCUUUAGGUGUAGCGGAAAAGAGAACUCGGAUACUACUUUUGCCAGCACUGGGCUUUAUUUUCUUGUAUUCAUUUCUCCCACACAAAGAGCUGCGUUUUAUCAUAUAUACUUUCCCUGUCUUCAACAUAGUGGCUGCUAAAAUGUGCUCACGAAUUCUGAAUAACUACCGGAAAUCUUGGCUGUACAAACUUGGAUCUUUCUUUGUUAUAAUGCAUCUUCUAGUUAAUGCUGCUUAUUCAGCAACAUCUUUAUAUGUUUCACAUUUCAAUUAUCCUGGAGGAGUGGCAAUUCAGAAGUUGCAUGAGUUGGUACCUUCAACAGCAGAUGUGUCUGUUCAUAUUGAUGUGGCUGCAGCACAAACAGGAGUUUCUCGGUUUCUAGAAAUCAAUUCAGAUUGGAGGUAUGACAAAAGAGAAGAUGUUAAACCAGGAGACCAGUUGAUGUUUUCUUACACACACAUACUGAUGGAAACAAACCCUCUUCAGAUAUCACAUUACAAGACAACCCACAGGCCACUGGCAAAUAUACCUGGCAUCAGUAAAAUUGGGUUGAACCUUACUGCACUACCUCCUUUUACUUUAAAUUUGAAACCAAAAUUAGUACUGUUGGAAAAACUUCCUCUAUCAUCUUGACUGUGAAUUUUAAGUAAGUCUUUUGAUGUAAUUUUGCUGAUGACUGAAUAAUCUAAGAGAGCAGCAAAUUGUCAUUCCAGCACUGCAAUUCAACUUCUGUGGAAAGGCACAGAAAAUCUUUGUACUGAACGGUAUUUAGCUCCGUCCUGUUUCUUACAUAAAUAUUACAAUGCAUUCCUAGUCAGUAUAUACUCUAAUACUGAGUUGUAUUGUUAGAUAUGUUUGAGAGAGGCUACCUGCAAGUUUAGUGGUAUUAAGUAAAACCUGUCUACUUGGUUUGGGUAGCUGUUUCAUCAUGUAGCGCAGGUAUGUCCUAAUUGUCCUAUAUAAGAUACAUAAUGGAACAGGUUUGUGCUACGGCAAUAAUUUGCUAUGUAAUCUAUGUGUGCAAAGAUGUAUUACUUGAUGUAUCUGCAGGAUUGUAACCCCUUCAGUUGUCAGAUUGCCUCUGUGAAACUUAAUGAUGUUAUCAACAUAGGAAAGCCAUAGUCAUUGUAGCUUCAUCACAAUACCUAAUUGUGCCCUGUAGGCUACCAAGCUAAUUAAAGUGAAAGAUUCACUUAAAAAGCAGUUGGACCUUUUGACGAGCACUGUCUCAUAACAGAUUUGAGCAUUAAAGGAUGGUUAUCUUUAUUCCAACACUUCAUGAAUAAGCAGCAACUUGGAUUUCACAUGAAAAAGAAUUUUAAAAAUAAUGUUCCCCUCUUCUGCUAUAAUGAUAUUAAUUUGCAGUGCAAAAAUUUACC